AUGAGUUAUUGUCAUCAAUUAUUUAAAGUUGAUUUAACUCAAGUCGAAGAAGCCAAGAAAACAACUAUAAAGCACGAAUUAGAAAUUGAAUUUAUUGAUCCAAAAGUUUUAUAUAAAGAAAAACUUGAUAUUAUAAAAAAGCAGCAAAGUAAAUUUAGAGAUAUUGUUGAAAUAUUUUGGUAA